AUGGAGGAGGGAAUAAUAGAAGAAGUAAAGAAUAAUUGUGAGGAAAAUGUACACUACCUACCUCAUCGUGCAGUUAUAAAACCGAAUAGCACCACCAAAAUUAGACCCGUAUUUGAUGCUUCAGCUAAGGCCAAAGGUUUUCCAAGUUUAAAUGAUUGCUUAGAGAAGGGUGAAAAUCUUAUUGAAUUGAUACCUAGCAUUUUGAUGUGGUUUAGGACUGAGAGAAUUAGUGUCGUUUCAGACGUACGUAAAGCCUUCUUACAAAUCGGACUUACUGAAACUGAUAGGAAUUACUUAAGAUUUUUAUGGCUUAGUGAUGCAGGCUUGAAGGUUUACAGGCAUUGCAGGGUAGUAUUUGGAGUAACCUGUAGCCCAUUUUUGCUAUCCUCAACUAUCAAAUACCUUCUUAUGAAUGUUUCGAAAGAAAUAAGCGAACGAAAAGCUACUUAUCCUGAAUAUGUUGUACAAAAACUAAUGAAAAGUUUUUAUGUGGACAAUUGUGUGACGAGGGUCAAGGAUACAGAAGAAUUGAAUAUGUUUGAAAGAGUUUCUACUGAAAUAAUGGCAAGUAGAAAAUUCGAUUUUAGAGGGUGGGAGUACACCGAUUUAACCGAGGAAAAUUCACAGCCACCUACAAAUGUUCUUGGUAUGAGUUGGGAUAAGAAAUAUGAUACUCUUCAAGUGAGUACAGGUUGCAUUAAAGAGCUUAACAUUGAGAAAGUAACGAAAAGAACCAUCCUGUCAGCUGCACAUAGACUUUUUGACCCCUUGGGUAUGAUCUGUCCUGUAACGUUGAUCCCAAAAUUGCUCCUUCAGAGCAUUUGGAAGUUGAAACUGAAUUGGGAUGAUGAUGUUGAUGGAAACAUCAGAAGAAACUUUUUAAAAUGGAUUGAAGGUGUACUGUACAUUGAGAAAAUUAAUAUUCCAAGAUAUUUUGGACUGAGUGGAGCCAAGAAGUCUUCCAUUCAUUUCUUUUGUGAUGCGAGAAGUAGAGUAGCCCCUACAGGAAAAGGAGAAAUUACAAUAGCACGACUUGAACUUCUGGCAGCAGCUAUUGCAUCUUGUCUUUCAACUUCAAUUUUGUCUGAGGUAACUCAUGAUGAAGUGUUUUUUUCUCAGAUUCCACAACUGUUUUGGCCUGGAUCAAAAGAAGUGAACCAUGGGCCAUUUUUGUUUAUAAUAGAGUGCGUGAAACGUGAAAUCAGAGAGCAGACUAAUGUUAACACCUGGAGGCAUGCUCCUGGGACGAUGAAUCCAGCUGAUUCGCCAAGUAGAGGAUGUUCGGUGCAACAGCUUCUGCGAUUGCAACGGUGGGAGGAUCUCAGUUGGUUGCACUUACCUCAAGAAUUGUGGACUUCGUCUGAAGAUGUCGUUAAUGAGGAGGAAGUGAACUGUGAGAAAAGAAAAGGUGUCACAACCUCAAUGAUAAAUUUUGAAGUGACUAAACUUUUGAGUUCUAAUAUUUCUGAUAAUCGAAAAAUUGUACAUACUAUGGCGUGGGUGACGAGAUUCCUUUUUAAUUGCAAAAAUGAAGAGAGAAGAAAAGGAGAUCUUUCUGUAAAGGAAUUAGAGGAAGCUGAGAAAACCACUGUAUACUUGAUACAACAGGAGUCAUUUGCAAGAGUUUCAGAUAAAAACCUUAAAACUCUAGAUAUAAUUAUUGAUAAGAAAGGAAUCUAUAGAUUAAAAACAAUUGUAUAUAAGAUAGAUGAUUUGGAAGAGUUUAGAACACCUGUUGUUUUACCAGGAGAGCAUCCUAUAGUAAAACGUUUAGUACUGUCUGAACAUAAGAAAAGGGGACAAGCUGGUGAUUCAUACACAUUGAAUUCUCUUAGAGAAAGAUUUUGGCGGCUGUGUGGUAAAGGAGAAGUAAAAUCUGUAUCGAUAUCUUGCGUAGUAUGCAAGCGUUUUCCUGCCAAACCUAUAGACCCACCAACUGCAUCUCCACCAAGUGAGAGAGUUCAAGAUGCAGCUGUUUUCCAAGUAAGGGAUGUGGACUUUGCUGGUCCUGUGAUUUUGAAAGACAAUUCAAAGGGCUGGAUAUGUAUUUUUACCUGUGCCGCUUAUUUUACAGGGAGUGGACAAGUUGUUAAAAAGGUAUGA